AUGGUGUUCUGGGUCAAAGUCACCGGCAUCCCUAUCCAUUUCUGGAACAAUGAGACUUUCAAAAAAUCGGAAAAGCGCUCGGUGUCGUCCAGACUAUUGAAGCUCAUCGAGCAAAAUUUCAAGUUUCCGUCAAUGCUGACGAGCCACUACAAUUUGAAAAGAAAGUGGGUUUCCCAAAUGGAGAUACAGCGAGAGCAGAAUAGACUCCGCCGGAUUGAGCUAAAUCAGGAACAAGCUCCCCUGCCUCGAGGAUACGGUGGAGGACCACAGUACGGCCGUCGUGAGGACCAGUACAAUGCGAGGAAAGGCCCCUCUGUACGUACUGGAGGUGGUGACUUUUAUAAAAACUCGCGAGGUCGCUACUCCCCAUCUCGUGUGACACAUGAUACUCGCUAUAUGCCGGAAAGAAAACGCGAGGUCAGCCAAGAGAGAGACCUACGGCUGAAGCUCAAAGAACAGAGAGAUGUCAGGGGGAAAGAUGUGUGGAACCGUGUUGCGAGGACCUCUGACACGAGAGGGCCUGCUAAUCGUGAAUGA